CACACACACAACUGGCGUCCGCGCCGGAGAGCAACAAGACAAACGCCAGGAGCCUCCUUGUUGUCCGCGUCCCUCCACACGGCUCCGGAGCAGGACGAGGAUGAGCGCGUCUCGGGGCUUUGGACACUUCGGACUCCGCGGACAGCAGCGCGCGGCGGAGAUCGGGAUUUAAGUGGAGAGAAGUUGGCGUUUUUUGGUUUUUCGCAGCGGCGGUGCCCGAGUGGAAACCGUCAAGACGUGAGAGGGAUUUCUGACUUUUUUUCUCUUUUCUUCCACUGUCGCUGAGCUGCUCUCGUGGACGUGAGGAUUUUAAAAGUAGUUUUUGGGGCUUUUUAUUGGUGAAGUUUACUGGAGAAUUAAAAGCUGGUUUUCUUCUAAUGAAUGUUUGGUGACAUCAGACACCUGGAAGCGGAGGUUUUCUGUCAAAACGGGAUACUUUGGGCAUUUGGGUCGGUGGCAGGGGGCUCGUUGGAUAGUUUCUCGCGGCGUCUGCGGCCGCCGUUCUGCUGGACAGCAUGCGAUCGGAGGAUGCCGUGUGAGUCGGGCCUCGCUGCUCUGCGUCUCACCUCUCCGUCCAGAGGAAUGACGGCUCUGUGGUGCUCACUCUGGAUUUCUUUCCUCCUGCCGCUCUGCGUGGCCCCGGCCAGGCUGCCCACCGCUCAGCCCACAGACUCGGUGUCCAGCGAGACAGCCUUCCUGGAGGACUAUGUUCUGGGGAUGGGCGACACCCUGGAGAUGUUGUGCGACCUGGAGGACCACUCGGAGCCCGUCGUCUGGUUCAAGGACGGCGCCGGACUCGUGCCGGGCAACCGGACCCGCCUGGGCCAGAGGAUGCUGCGGAUCAUCAACGUGUCGUACGAGGACUCGGGAGUUUACUCGUGUCGACUCGCGCACAGCAACACGCUGCUCAGCAACUACACCAUCAGGGUGACAGAUUCUCUGUCAUCCGGUGACGAUGAAGACUAUGACGAAGACCCAGAAGAUGCAGGUAAUGAAAAUGAAGCGCCGUACUGGACCCGACCCGACCGGAUGGACAAGAAGCUGCUGGCGGUUCCUGCAGCCAACACGGUCAAGUUCCGCUGUGCCGCCUCCGGAAACCCGACGCCGAGCAUCCACUGGCUGAAGAACGGCAAAGAGUUCAAGGGAGAGCAGAGGAUGGGCGGCAUCAAGCUGAGGCACCAGCAGUGGAGCCUGGUGAUGGAGAGCGCCGUGCCGUCGGAUCGGGGGAACUACACCUGCGUGGUGCAGAACAAGUACGGCGCCAUCAGCCACACCUACCAGCUGGAUGUUCUGGAGCGUUCGCCCCACAGGCCCAUCCUCCAGGCGGGCCUCCCAGCCAAUCAGACGGUGGUGGUGGGCAGCGACGUGGAGUUCCACUGUAAGGUCUACAGCGACGCCCAGCCGCACAUCCAGUGGCUGAAGCACAUCGAGGUGAACGGCAGCCGCUACGGCCCCGACGGCGUCCCCUACGUCAACAUCCUCAAGACGGCCGGUAUUAACACUACAGAUAAGGAGCUAGAGGUGCUCUUCUUGACCAAUGUGUCUUUUGAGGAUGCGGGCGAGUACACUUGUCUGGCAGGGAACUCUAUCGGCUAUGCUUACCACUCUGCUUGGCUGACGGUGCUUCCAGCAGUGAGUCCGGAGAAAGAGGACUACUACGCCGACAUCCUCAUCUACGUGACGGGCUGCGUGCUCUUCAUCCUCGCCGUGGUCAUCGUCAUCCUCUGCCGCAUGAGGAUGACCACCCAGAAGACCCUGCCGACGCCUCCCGUGCAAAAGCUGUCAAAGUUCCCCCUCAAGAGACAGGUAACAGUGUCCUUGGAUUCCAACUCGUCCAUGAACUCCAACACUCCGCUGGUCAGGAUCGCCCGGCUGUCAUCCAGCGACGGACCGAUGCUCGCCAACGUCUCGGAGCUCGAGCUGCCCUCCGACCCCAAGUGGGAGUUUCCUCGAACGAGGCUCACUCUGGGGAAACCUCUGGGAGAGGGCUGCUUCGGGCAGGUGGUCAUGGCCGAGGCCGUCGGCAUCGACAAGGAGAAGCCCAACAAGCCGCUGACUGUCGCUGUGAAAAUGCUGAAAGAUGACGCCACGGAUAAAGAUUUGUCAGACCUGGUGUCGGAAAUGGAGAUGAUGAAGAUGAUUGGGAAACACAAAAACAUUAUCAACCUGCUCGGAGCGUGCACGCAGGACGGUCCGCUGUACGUCCUGGUGGAAUACGCCUCCAAAGGUAACCUGAGGGAGUACCUGCGGGCGAGGCGGCCGCCGGGCAUGGACUACUCCUUCGACACCUGCAAAAUCCCCGAUGAGCAGCUCACUUUCAAAGACCUGGUGUCUUGCGCCUACCAGGUUGCCCGAGGCAUGGAGUACCUCGCCUCGCAGAAGUGCAUCCACAGAGACCUGGCAGCCAGAAACGUCCUUGUCACGGAGGACAACGUAAUGAAGAUCGCCGACUUCGGCCUCGCCAGAGACGUGCACAAUAUAGACUACUACAAAAAGACCACAAACGGCCGUCUGCCCGUGAAAUGGAUGGCUCCGGAGGCUCUGUUCGACCGGGUCUACACGCACCAGAGCGAUGUGUGGUCUUACGGGGUUUUGCUGUGGGAGAUCUUCACCCUGGGAGGUUCGCCGUACCCGGGAAUCCCAGUGGAGGAGCUCUUUAAGCUGCUGAAGGAGGGACAUCGGAUGGACAAACCUGCCAACUGCACCCAUGAACUGUACAUGAUCAUGAGGGAGUGCUGGCACGCCGUGCCGUCGCAGAGGCCGACCUUCAGGCAGCUGGUGGAAGAUCACGACCGGGUUUUAUCAAUGACCUCCACCGAUGAGUACCUGGACCUGUCGGUGCCCUUCGAGCAGUACUCGCCCACCUGUCAGGACUCCAACAGCACCUGCUCCUCGGGGGACGACUCGGUGUUCGCCCACGACCCGCUGCCCGAGGAGCCCUGUCUUCCCAAACAGCUGCCCAGCAACGGGGCGAUUCGGACGUAGAGCCGCCGGAGGGACGCUGACGGAUCGACCUCUGAGCGACUCGAGCACCGCCGCCGCCACACCCGGACAAACUCAGCAUGCAAUACUUCCUUCAGCUCCUCGACUCGUCUUAAACUCUCCCCUCAAAGACUCCUUAAACGUUGAAGGAUUAUUUUUUUGUUCUCCUUUUCAGAAAAAAUUCUAUUUUUGUACUCGGGCCAGUCUUUUGUUACGGACAAUCUGUGGGGUGAAACCAUUCCGUGCCUACUGGGAUUUUAAAAAACAAAAACCUCCUGACUGAAUGAAACAAGGAUGUAAAGGGGGAGGAAAUGAAGGGCAUUGAUGAUGAGCGACUGAUUGGCGAUCCAGUAGGCGGGCGACUUUUUUGUUUGUUUUUUAAAUCCUCGGAGCCCUGAAAGUUCGCGAGAAAAACCAACCAGCAGACGCCAGAAUCGACUCGAUGACGGGACUCAUUCUUCCAAGACAGGAUGGCGUGUUUUUACUCCCGCGUGUUUGUAUCGUCGCAUUUUAGCAUCCGGCUUUUUGUGAUAAUCAUGGAACAGAUUCCUCAUCGCGUGAGGCGACGCUUCAGGGCCGUUCAGUAAUAAGAACAGUGAGAUUCGGAGGUUGUUUUUUUUUUAAUGUAUCUAGAAAGUGAUUUAUUGUAAAUAUAUAAAUGCAAAUAUGUAUGAUAUUGCUGUCCACAGCCAUGUACUUAAAAGACAAAAAACUACAUUUUUUUUUUAAGAUAUUUGUUUUAGGAUGGAAGCGUCGCAGUCUAGAAGACACUGUCAUGAUGUGUAAAACAUUUAAUCAGAAAAAAGGUUUAUUUGAAUAAUUAACGUGUAUAUUUGUAAAGAUAUUUAUAGACUUAACAUGUGGUUCUUAAGUUCGAAAGGUCUAGUUUAGGAUUUUAGUACUGUACGCAAAGAUUUUUAUUUCUUUUUUUUGUUGUUGUUUUGUUUUUUUUGGUAACUUAUUUUACAACCGUUAUUUUCACAACUCCUCUGGUUUUUCGAUCCAUCUUUUUAUUAUUGGUUUGUUUACAGUUUAAAACAAAAAAAAA